GAAGGGGAAGAAAUGGAGGCAGUGAGAGAUUUUACUUUCUUGGGCUCCUUGAUCACUACAGAUGGUGACAGCAGUCACGAAAUUAAAAGACGCCUGCUUCUUGGCAGAAAAGCAAUGACAAACCUAGACAGCAUCUUAAAAAGCAGAGACAUCACCUUGCCGACAAAGGCCCGUAUAGUUAAAGCUAUGGUUUUCCCAGUAGUGAUGUAUGGAAGUGAGAGCUGGACCAUAAAGAAGGUUGAUCGCCGAAGAAUUGAUGCUUUUGAAUUAUGGUGCUGGAGGAGACUCUUGAGAGUCCCAUGGACUGCAAGAAGAUCAAACCUAUCCAUUCUUAAGGAAAUCAGCCUUGAGGGCUCACUGGAAGGACAGAUUGUGAAGCUGAGGCUCCAAUACUUUGGCCACCUCAUGAGAAGAGAAGAAUCCUUGGAAAAGACCCUGAUGUUGGGAAAGAUUGAGGGCACUAGGAGAAGGGGAUGACAGAGGAUGAGAUGGUUGGACAGUGUUCUCGGAGCUACGAACAUGAGUUUGACCAAACUGCGGGAGGCAGUGGAAGACAGGAGUGCCUGGCGUGCUAUGGUCCAUGGGGUCACGAAGAGUCGGACACGACUAAACGACUAAACAACAACAAUUCGCAGAGCACACAACACUCCAGAAAAAUUUCCCAAAGAUGCCCCAUUGACGUGGAUGUGCACUGUGCAAGAACGCAGUGAUGCUCCCAUGCCUCAUGGUUCAUGCCAAUGGGGCAUGCACAAAACGACUUCCUAGCACAUAAGCUUUGUUAAGCUGCUCGCUUUAGUGUUUGGUAGAAGGGUUGUUACUUGAUCUGGGGGGCAGCUAUCCCCCUGCCCCCCCCCCGGGUACAUUCAUAGCAUGUUACAGAAAAAUGGGUUGAGUGGCCUCACGUCCUGCUUCAGUGACCCGUGUUUUAGCCAGCAGGAAGUGAAAAUCCACCGGCGGCUCUUGAGAACUAGUCCAUUUUGUACGUGAGCUUCUCUCUGAGAUCACUCUUGUUUGUCCUGAUCUUCCAUGUCCUUCCCUUGGGCCCUUUCUGAAUGUACUGAUCUUGUGGAGAGACUCAUGGUCCUGUAGAUAAGACAUGAAAUAACACUACAUCAACCAAUAUGACAGCUUUCAAGGCCGCUCACUCAGCAGCGUAGCAAUACUGCGUCACAAUGACGGGAGUUGUUUUCCUGGUUCAGCAGAAUUUCCUUAAGUCAUGAGGGAACAUGCUGGAGACUCUAAACAGGAGCACAAAUAUCCCUUGUUUUGGCACCCGUCUGUCUCGAGAGACAAUGGAGCGUGCCUCCAAGGUGACGUCAAACCGCUGGGUUAGCAGCGUCAGAGCGACCUCCCCAGGGCACAAGCCUGGGCAGUGUGUGUGGAGGUCCUGGGCUGCCCAGAUGACAAGACCACCCCUCUCGGCCUCACUGAUAUGGCCCAAAGGAAAGCAGAGCAAUGGUUUGACAUCGGCUUGGCUGCAAGAAAUGCUGGAAGGAGGCGUACAAGCCACCAUCCAACCACCUGUGGGACUCCACUCCAGAUUUGUGUAGAGUUUACUCUCUAGCCCUUUUUUCUCCUGAAGAUAUCAUGCAAGGCAGCAGAGGUUUAGGAUCAGAUUUUUCCUUCUAGAUGGACAUCCUUCCCAGGUUGACAAGCCCCAUCUGCCCCUCACUUCCCUCUACAACAGACACCCCCAAACUGUGGCCCUCCAUAUGUUUUGGCCUACAACUCCCAUGAUCCCUAGCUAACAGGACCAGUGGUGAGGGAUGAUGUGAAUUGUAGUCCAAAACACGUGGAGGGUCGAAGUUUGGGGAUGCCUGCUCUACAGCAUGUGCAGAAACUGUCUUCUUGGCUGUUGAACCCACUCUUGGUCUUGCCUACUCAAUCCGCUGAAUCCUGUCUUCACCUGCAGGGGAAGGCCCUUACUCGCUGAGGGUUUGAGAUCUAUCGGCUACCCGCACCUGGUUUAACCCCCAUCGUUCAGCCUUGACACUGAGGUCCAGUUCCAAGAGCCUUCUAUCAGUUCCCUCAAUGCAAGAAGUAAAGUUACAUCGGAGCAUUGCAUCUCCCUCCCUAAGCUGGGCAGAAACUUCCCAUCCUUUGGGAAGGAGGCACCAGAGGAACAUAUAGGAGACUAGCCUAGUCCCCUUAGUCCACUGACCGCACACAACUGCCCAUAAGGAAAUGCCACCUUUGGGCUGAAAAGGUAUCCCUUAUCCUUGGUUGUUUCUGAUCUCUAUAAGGAACUUUGGAGCUGAAUUGACUGUAGCCAGACGAUGCCAAUGCAGCGAAGAAGGCCGGGUACUGGAUUCACAUUGCGUCAGUGUUAGGAGUGAGCCAAACGGGUGCGCACUUCAUGAAAAAUGUGCCAUCUGAUACCCAAUUCCAUGUAUUUUCAAGCGGGGGAGGAAAUGUUCAUUCUGAAAGGCAGUACACAAGCAGGAGUUUUGGAUGUCUUCCACAGUUGUCAGAUAAGUCACCAGCAGACAGUUCAAGGUUGAUGCAGAGAAAGCAUCACAAGGAGGCGGGGGGGGGGGGAGCCCAUAAACCCAACAACCGCAAUCCCAUUUCCAAGGGAGUAAACCCAUUGAACAAAACGGCGCUUGCUUCAGCAGGCAUGUCAAACAUGCGGCCCUCCAAAUGUUUUGGCCUACAACUCCUAUGAUCCCUAGCUAGCAGGACCAGUGGUUGGGGAAGAUGGGGAUUGUAGUCCAAAACAUCUGGAAGGCCACUUGUUUGACAUGCCUGCUUCAGAGGAAAUAUACAUAAGAUUGAACUUUAUUUUUCUGAUCACAUCCGCACUGUACAACCAAUGCUUUGCUGGAUUGCGCAUACUGCAAAGGUGCCAAAAUUUAGAGUUAAUAAUAAUAAAUAAUAGUAAUAAAUUUUAUUUAUACCCCGCCCUCCCCAGCCAGGAUCGGGCUCAGGGCGGCUAACACCAAAUAUAAAACAGUUAAUUAAAAUACAGCUUAAGAACAAGAUUAAAGACAACAUUGAAAAUGCAGCCUCAUCAGAAAAAGAAAAAGGGGGAGGGGAUCAAGUUGAUUCCAGGCCAAAGGCCAGGCGGAACAACUCUGUCUUACAGGCCCUGCGGAAAGAAAUCAAAUCCCGCAGGGCCCUGGUCUCAUGAGACAGAGCGUUCCCCCAGGCCGGAGCCAAUGUUGAAAAGGCCCUGGCUCUGGUUGAGGCUAAUCUGCCUUCCUUAGGGCCUGGGAUCUCUAAGGUGUUGCUAUUUAUGGACCUUAAGGUCCUCCGUGGGGCAUACUGGAAGAGGCGGUCCCGCAGGUACGAGGGUCCUAGGCCAUGAAGGGCUUUAAAGGUCAAAACCAGAGAGGGAUUUGUUUCGCAGAAAAACAUAUGGUGUUCAUAAAUUGGAUUUUUGAAAUUACCCAUGUAAUCCUACGCAUGCCUACCCACUCAGAAGUAAGUUCUAAUGGGGCUGGCUCCCAUGAAUGAGGACACAGGUCUGCAACUCUGAUUAUAACGUAAACAUGGCUCAGUUGGUUAGAGCGUGGUGCUAAUAACGUCAAGGUUGCAGGUUCAAUCCCCUUAUGGGACAGCUGCAUAUUCCUGCAUUGCAGGGGGGUGGACUAGAUGAUGCUCAGGAUCCCUUCCAACUCUAAAAAAAUCCUAUGAUUCUAUCAUUGUUACUUGAUUUUGCAUAGUAAGACUGUUUUCCUUGCUUUUGUAUCCUCUCUCUGUCCUUUAUUGGGGUAACAAAAAGGUGCCUGUGUGUGUGUGUGUGUGUGUCAGGAUUUUAAGUCCAUAAAGACUGACUUUCCUGACUUUCCUAAAUGUGGGAGCUUCUCAUCAGAUCUUCUUCGUGAGUUCAGUGAAGCGCCUUAAAAACCUCCCUACAGUUGAAGACCAGGUGUCCUUAAAAGUGCCAAACUGCCUUCAAGCAAAAAGGUAAUUCUGGGGAAGCAGCGACUUUUCCCAGCAACAUGCCAGUGGGGCUAUAAUAUUCUCAACAUGGCGGAGAAAAUAAAGUCAUAAGUGGAGGGCUCCCAAGGGUAUCCCAAUAAAGAUUCGCAGGUCAAAGUGUACCAAGUACUUGGUACACUUUGACCUGUGAAUCUUUGCUGAUGAAGAAUAGUCGAAACAGGGCCUUGUCCUGAUGUUUACUGGAAUUUAUCCUUAUUUGCCUUCAACAUUGGGAUUGAUUCCCAUUUAAACUCCGCAUCAAAUCAAUGAAACCUUGUGAAGAUUUUUUUGAAAUCAUCUUAUUUUGGCCUGAGUUCUUGCAAUUUAUCGUUUAUUUCUGGACUUUCCCAAGAUCUCCAAUUUCCACUGCUAAAUUGUGAUGCACUUUGACUGGCAUGGAAAAAGCAAAUGAUCUUUAUUUUAUUAAUUUAAUUUAAUUUGUUUUAUUGCAAUGCUUACCAGAAGUCAAGGGUAUGAAGGAAAGUUAGUGAGGUCUUGACAUGCGAGAUAGUGAGCAAGGAUGAUAUGAACAAGCUGCUUACGCAGACGAUCCUUUUGUUUGCAGUUCUUGCUCUUGUUUUUAACCCAAGGCAGCCCAUGGGAGGCAGCAACUGUCUGAAGGAAGUGCUAUCUGUUUAAUCAUUCCUCAGUUCAAAAUGACACUUGCAUCUUUCCAGCAACAGAUGAAAAAAGUAGGUUACAGUCAUACCUCGGUUUAAAUACGCUUCGGUUUGAGUACUUUCAGUUUAAGUACUCUGCGGACCCAUCUGGAAUGGAUUAAUCCACUUUCCAUUGCUUUCAAUGGGAAAGUUUGCUUCAGGUUAAGUACGCUUCAGGUUAAGUAUGGACUUCCAGAACCAAUUACACUCAUACUUCGGGUUAAGUACGCUUCAGGUUGAGUACUCCGCGGACCCGUCUGGAAAGGAUUAAUCCACUUUCCAUUACUUUCGAUGGGAAAGUUCGCUUCAGCUUAAGUACGCUUCAGUUUAAGUACUCAGCGGACCCAUCUGGAAUGGAUUAAUCCACUUUCCAUUACUUUCAAUGGGAAAGUUUGCUGCAGGUUAAGUACGCUUCAGGUUAAGUAUGGACUUCCAGAACCAAUUGUGUACUUAAACCAAGGUACCACUGUAUCUAAAACAAUAGGAAAUGCUAAUAUAUUGGUAAGGAGUAAAACAAUUCCGACCCUUUAGUCUUGUGAUAAAGGUAUUACAAGGCUCAACUCAACCCUUGAAGCCUCUGCAGAACCAGAUUCACUAUUUACUGUUAUUUUUUCUAUCCCUGUUCACACCUAUAUUUCAAGCUUCGAAACACAUAUUUUCAAGAAGCGAUUAAAAAAGUAUCCAUGAAGCCUGCAUAAUUUUUUUUUUUGAGGGGGGUAUGGAAACAUCCCUGCUAUCACUACAUUUCUAAAUACAAAACUGACUACCGUAUUGUUGCUUCUGUGGAGUAAUAAUAAUAAUAAUAAUAAUAAUAAUAAUAAUAAUAAUAAUAAUAUUUAUACCCCCACCCAUCUGGCUGGGUUUCCCUAACCACUCUGGGUGGCUUACAGCAAUAGAAGUUCAUUUUCAAAGCAGCUAAAAUUCAGUCUUCAGGUGCGAAUGGUAUAAACAAUUUUGAAUUAACAUAGCAGUUGUGAUGGGGUGUUUGUGUGUGUCAUUAUUUCCUUGCCCAUAGUUCAAUUCACAAUUCAAUAAGGCUAAGAUGGCAAUCCUACAAACUAACUAAAAAGAGGCAAUUAUUCCAGAAAAAAAAUAUUUUUUUGAGGAUGGGGAAUGCAUUAGUUUUGGAUUGAAUUAUCAUGUCACCUGUAUUAAAAGUACAGGUUAUUCAGUCAAUAAUUAAAUGUAUUAUUUAAAGUUUUUGUUACAAAUGGAGCUACAUGCUAGCAUUGCUUUGAUUUUGCCAAAGCAGCAGACAAAAAAAGGAGCAGUCUUUAAAAUAAGAGGGCCGUUUAUACCAUCUGCUGAACUGAAAUGGUGAAAUGUUUACUCCAUUGUGCCAUUUUUAAACAACAGCAGCUGUGUGUCAGGUGGAGGGUAGCAAACACUCUCUGGUUUUUUUGUUGAAGGAAAUCCCAAAAAUUGUUUGGGAGAAAGCUAGGGUGAACCUUUCUCCAGGACGUGCUAGUAGUGAAACCAGUGCUUCCUUUUGUCUGUUGGAAAAACAAGGGCGGAUAUUCAAGCGUUACAUCCUUGGAUUCUGCCUUGGAAAGGCUUCUUACUGCCUGAUUCUGCUGCAGGUGUUGCGAACUUUUCCCCAGUGCUAUUUUUUCUGCUCAUCCAAUUGAUGAAGCCGGAGUUGUUAUCUGCUUUCAGUGGGUGCCAGCCCUCUUCUGCCAGACUGGAAGUAACUCUUCUCCUGCCAUCCAUUCGAGAGGCCACCAGAAGGAGAGAGCUGCCCCUGGGUCAACUGCUGCAGCUUUUCCACCAUGUCUUUGGCAGGAAUGAAAUGCCUGGUGACCGGAGCUGGGGGGUUCCUUGGUCAAAGGAUCGUCUGCCAGUUGCUGGAGGAAGAGGAAGGACCGGCCGAGGUCCGCGCCACGGACAAAGCCCUCAGCCCUGAGACACUGCAGCGUUUUGGAAAACUGAAGACCAAAACUCUCCUGACAAUCAUGCAAGGGGAUAUCCGGGAUGCAGCAUUCCUCUGCACAGCUGUCCAAGGUGUCUCCCUUGUCAUCCACACGGCUUGCAUCAUCGACAUCUUGGGAUAUAUAGACCGACAGACACUCUGGGAUGUCAACACAAAAGGUACACAGCUGCUCCUGGAUGCCUGCCUCCACAACAACGUCCAGUAUUUUGUCUUCACCAGCAGCAUUGAAGUGAUGGGUCCAAACAGAAGAGGGGACCCCAUUGUUGAUGGUGAUGAAGACACAGUGUAUCGCGAUAACAGAAAAUUCCCUUACGCUGAAUCAAAGAAAGCGGCGGAGAAAUUUGUGCAGGAGCUGGAUGGCCAGCCACUGAAAGAUGGCAGCAGUCUUGUGACCUGCGCUUUGAGGUCCCCGUACAUCUUUGGAGAAGGAAGUCCUUUCCUUCUGGGCCAUCUCGAUGAAAGCAUCCGAAACAAUAAUGUCUUUAUAAGGCUAUCUAGGAAGGAGGCUCUCGUAAAUCCCAUCUAUGUAGGGAACAUUGCUUCGGCUCACAUUCAAGUGGCGAAAGCCAUGAGGGAUCCAGAAAAGGUCAAGCGGAUCCGAGGAAAAUUCUAUUACAUCACAGAUGACACUCCCCACAUGAGCUAUUCGGACUUAAAUUACGAGCUGAGCAAGGAGCUGGGGUUUGGUGUUGAACCCAAACUACCGAUGCCCUUGACAAUCUUCUAUUACUAUGCUCUGCUGCUGGAGAUUGUGAGUUUCUUACUCCGGCCUUUUGUCAGAUACAUUCCCCGCACCAAUACUCACCUUGUGACCUUGGUCAAUACCCCGUUUAGCUUUUCUUCCAGAAAAGCUCAAAGGGAUUUUGGCUACACACCUCGCUACAAAUGGGAAGAAGCCAAGGAGCUUACAAGCCAGUGGAUUGCCAAAGUAGCUCCACUAAGAAGAGCCUACCUGAAAAAGAAGACCCUCUAAGGUUGACCUCUGUGGCAGGAUGAAGAGGAGGCAGGAAGUAAGGAGGGUGGGCGGUCAGCAGGGAGGCAACAGAGCAGCCAAAGUGUGGAACCCACUUUCUGAAAUGCCUGAAUGAAGUACAAGAACUCUUUCAUUCACUGUGGACAUUAAUGAUCAACCAGUCCCCCCCCCCAAGUUCUUCACCAGCUCUCAUGGGCCGCCACCUGCUUCUGUCACCAUUCAGAACUGCAAGGACAGCAGUGAUUUGUCACAUACAGGUUACUUGCAAGCACCUAGCAGAGAAAUGUUAAUAAUAGCAAUGCAUAUAUAAAAUCAACAGGACAUGCAUGGCCUGUGCAACAA